AACUUUUUGCGGCCUUGACUUUUAUUUCAUACAUUUUCAUUUUGCAUGUGAACUCCAUAUCCCCCAAGAAAUACAACAAUAGGCAUUACCUUAACAACUUCCUAUCUUUCUUCCUCCCGUAAUUAGGCAGCGCUAGCUCCUCCAUAAAGAAGAUUAUUUAAAUAUUCACUAGAGGAAGACUUUCACUUGGUGGGGAGGGUGUUAAGGAGAAAAAAGCAAAAAAAUAAAUAUUUGACUUAUCUUAUUAAUUAAGUAAUUAGUGUAUAUAAGUAGGUUAUACCACUAGUUUAAUUAUAUAAAGAGGGGAGACUAGAUUGUUUAUGGUGUCAGCAAAGACGACACCACAUUUAUUAUAAUAAUUAUAAUAUAAUAAAUAAAACAGGAGAGGAGGGAAUUCCAAAAUCCUGAAUGGACAAUCUUUUGGGUCUUUUAAGGAUAAAAAUCAAGAGAGGUGUAAACCUCGCUGUACGUGAUGUCCGCAGCAGUGAUCCUUACGUUGUUGUCAAAAUGGGUAAACAGAAACUGAAGACACGAGUUAUAAAGAAGGAUGUUAAUCCUGAGUGGAAUGAAGAUCUGACCCUUUCUGUUUCAGAUGCAAAUCUUCCUGUUAAGCUGACUGUAUACGAUCAUGAUAUGUUCAGCAUGGAUGACAAAAUGGGAGAUGCAGAAUUUGAUAUCAAACCAUUUUUAGAUGCUCUGAAAAUGAACUUAGAUGGCCUCCCAUGUGGCACAGUGAUCACAAGAGCAACGCCGUGCAGGUCAAACUGUCUGUCUGAGGAGAGCAAAGUGGUAUGGCAAGACAACAAAGUUGUGCAAGAUAUGUGCUUGAGAUUGAGAAACGUGGAAUGUGGAGAGGUUGAACUCGAACUUCAGUGGAUCGACAUUCCUGGCAGCAAGCGUUUAUAGAAUGCACAGGAUAUAUGUAUCCGGUAGCUGUUUUCUGUUGCCUAUUGUAAGCUGGUUCGCCCCACAUCCCUUCAACUCUUCUUGGAUCUGAUAAUCGAGUUUGACUUAUAGGCCAAGUUCGAUGAAUAUGCCUUUGUACUCUGCAGCAAUGCGCAGAAGGUUGUAGUUUAGUAGCUAUAUGUGAUUUGAACAUUUUAUAUUUUGUCUAGUAAUUUGCUGGAAUUGCUUUGGUUAUAUAUAUGGGUGCUAAAGAAAGAUAUAGUUAGUGUCAUCA